CACUGAUAGGUGGCACUGUUAGGCGGCACUGAUAGGUAGGACUGACGGGCGGCACUGAUGCACACUGAUAGGCGGCACUGACUGCAUUGAUAGGUGGCAUUGAUGUGCAUUGGUAGACACUGAUGGGCACUGGCAGGUGGCAUGGAUGAGCACUGAGAGCUGGCACUGAUGAACACUGACGUGUGGUACUGCUGGGGCUACACAAAUCAUCAGGGCACACUGAUCAUCAGUGCCCUGAUGAACACUGUCAGCGUGACAGCUCGUGAGGAGAGAAAUGCCGAUAACCGGCAUUUCCCUGUUUACAUGUGGUCAGCUGUGAUUGGA